AUGGCCAACUUUGGGGGACAUGCCAUUCCGGGCUCUUUCUUCCUUCUCUUCGGCUUCUGGCUAACAGUGAAACACAUUCUCCAACACUACUGGAGGACCAAUCAGCCCAAAGGAAGAUGGAGAACGCCGCCUUUCUUUAAAAGGAUGGAUUAUGUUGAAGGAGGAUUCCAAGUCUUUGCUUCAUUUGUAGGCAUCAUGGUGGAGCAGUUUGUGGUGGACGGGCCACACGCCCGCCUCUCCAACGGCGACUCAUGGGUCAAGCUGAUGAACUGGCAGCACAGCACGAUGUAUCUGUUCUUUGGGAUUUCUGGAUUGGCGCUGGUUUGCAGCACGAGAUUCAAAGGCCUUCCCACCGGCGUGGACCGCUUCGCUCUCUCCUUGGCUCUUUUCGUUGAAGGCUUCCUGUUCUACUACCACGUGCACAACCGGCCCCCUCUGGACACCCACAUCCACUCCCUGCUGCUGGUGGCUGUGUUUGCGGGGUCGGCCAGCACCAUGCUGGAGGUGUUCAUACGAGACAACAUCCUACUGGAACUCUUCAGGGCGUGCAUGUUCAUCCUGCAGGGCUCAUGGUUUUACCAGAUUGGAUUUGUUCUGUUCCCCUUAAGUGGACCAGAGUGGGAUUUGACAGACCACGGCAACAUGAUGUUCGUCACUAUGUGCUUCUGCUGGCAUCUAGCCACGGCCCUGCUGUUAGUCACAAGCACCUCGGGUCUCAUUUGGAUCACCGUGAGCCGAUGCUCAGGAAGGGGGCGCGACGUUGAGAUCGGCAUGAGGAAAACAUCCUCCAAUUCAACCUCACAGAAAGGUUUGCUCGAAGAGUCUGACGAAGAGUGAAGGAAUCUUCGCAAUCCUACUGAAAAUGAAGAAAGUGUGUGCAAAACUGUUCAGCAUAAUGUGUUUUUGUUUAUUCACAAGAGAAAUGCAGACACAAUACCAAUUUCAAUGAUGCUCUUUACUGGAUUGUUUGUAAAAUAAAUGUAUAUAUGCUAACACAAAGUUUCAAGUGCGUGUAUUAAAAAAAAUACAC